CCCAAUAAUAAUAAACUAUCAUUGUUUUAUAAAAAAUAUAUAAUAUAGUAAAUAUUAUGAAAAUAUAUAAAAAGUUUAUUAGUUUUGCACUUUUGCUUUCUUUUUCUUCUGCUGCUUUAGCUGCAGAUGAAAUUCAAAACGGUCAAAAUCAAGAUGUUCAAAAACUUCAACAAGAGGCCCAGCAUUGGGGAGAAGGUGGUGAUUGGCAUCCACACCCAUCUCCACCACCACCAAGAGGUUGUGAUUAUUUAAGCGAAAACGAAUGUAAAGCUCCAGGUUCAGGUUGCCAAUAUUUACCAUUUGUUUCAUGUUGUGGUGUAAAACGUUUCUUUUGUGUCAAAGAUAAUGGUAGUGGAUGUGGAAAUGCUCCUCUAACAUGUGUUCAAGAUACCAAAUCAAAUGCUAUUUAUGAAUUAUGGAGUCAAUGUAGACCAAAUUUACCAGAACUUGUAGAUUUUAAACCAUUAAACUCAACUUGUGACCAAAAAUCUUGUGAAUCAAGAGGUGGAUCAUGUCAAUGGAAAGAACCAGUACCAUGUAUGGGUACUAGUUGCUGCCCACGUUUUGCUGAAUGUAGUGCUGAUAAUAAUGGUGGUGGUAACCAAGAUGUAUGUAAGAAUGUACUUUGUCCAGAUGGAUAUGUAUGUGAAGGAAUUCAUGGUGGAGCUUAUUGUGUAGAAAAACCUCAUCCACCACCACCACCACCAACAUCACCACCACCACAUACUCAUCACCCACAUCCACACCCCCAUUCAUUAUGUGAUGGUGUUAAAUGUGAACAAGAUAAAGAAUGUAUUGUUAAUAAAGAAAAUGCUGCCAUCUGUGUCCCUAAACACCAUCGUCCACCACACACCCGUCCACCACAUACUCGUCCACCACACCCACCACCAAAACCAGAGUGUCUUUGCGAUAAAGUCUCGUGUCCAAAAGGUUUUAAUUGUAUUGAAUUUGAUGGUCAAGCUAAUUGUGUUGAAUCAACACAUGAAGAAUGUUUAAGAAAACACUGCCCACCAGGAUAUGAUUGCGAAGUUAACUGGCACGGUGAAGCUCAUUGUGUACGUCCACCACCAGAUCAUCAAUGUCACAAUGUAACUUGCCCACCAUUCCAUGUAUGUAAAAUUAUCAAUGGAGAAACCACCUGUAUAAGAAAACCCUUACCACCAGCCCACCAAUGCCGUGAUUUACGUUGUCCACCAGGUUAUAUGUGCACACUAAUUAGCAACGUUCCAACCUGUGUUAAAGCUCCAUCACCACCACCACCAUCACACUGCCUUACCUGUCGUGAUGUUGAAUGUGGUAGUUUAUCAUGCCAUAUUGUACCAAACAAAUGCCCAAGAGGAAGUGGUCCAAAUUCCAAAUGUUGUCCAUAUAUUCCAUCAUGUGUACGUCCAGGUUGGGAAGAUUCAAGCGAAGAAGAAGCAGGUGUACAAUGUGGUCCAUUUAUUCAAUGUAAACAUAAUGAAAUUUGUCUCUUGAAUGAACAAAGAUGUGCCUCAUUAUGUGACUAUGUAGAAUGUAGUAGAGGUUCUCAAUGUAUUGUUAAAAACGGUAUUCCUCAAUGUUUAGAAAGAACAAUUUUUUAAAUUAUAUUAAAAAGUAAAAAUCAAAAAAAUAACAAAUCAAUUUGGUCAAAUCAAACCAAUUUAAAAAAAAAAAAAAAAAAAAAAUUUCAAUCAAUAAGAAUUAAAAAAAAAUAAAAAAUAAACAAUUUCUUUAAU